AUGCUCAUCGGUUGGUCACAAAUCGCUCCGUCGGCUGUGGCGGGUUCUCUGUUCGGGGUGGCACUGAUACUUCUCGUUGAUGGCAUCAUGACGGCACAGGGAGAGACAGACAAGGCGAACCACGUGACCUUUACAUUGCUUCUUCCUGCGUUCCUCUCAGUAGUUGGUUUCUUUCUCAUGAUUCUCAUUUCCCCAGUUGAGGUAAAGAACGACGUUCCGCGUGCCAAGGCUGUGCUUUUCAUUGGCUGGGUUGUGUGCUUCGGCUCUGCUGUUGGUGCUCUUGUUCUCUGUAAGUCCAAAUUUGCAGGGAUGCAGGAGAGGGAACGUGCAUUCCCCGGUGUGGCACUGGUCGGCUUCACCAGCCUGGUGCCGCUUUCCGGCGCCAUACUUUGGUGGGGCAAGCAAUCCUCUCUCGAUGAGUAUUAG